CUCCUUAAAACUACCUGUGCAAAGGAGAGUUUAGAGUUUGCAGCACACUGCAGAGGCAAUCUGCCUUUGUGCUUUUUCUUUGUUCCAAUGGCGUUUGGUGAGAGCGUGGGCAGUAGGAUUUUACUAUGUUUAGGACUUUUUCUUGGGACUAGUUCAUUUUGCCAUUGUACCCCACUGACAAGGCUUAAGGCAUUGGAUAAACUAAGAGAAAACUUAACAAUUAGCCAAAGUCAACCUUCAGGAAGUGGUCUGCACCAUGGAAGACUCUUCAUUGGGCAAAUUACUCUACAAAAUGCUAAAAUCAAAGGAACCGUGGCCAAAAAGAACCUCCUUCAUGCUGAUACUGAUUACCAAGCAGACAUGGCUUGGCCAGAGCCCAAGCAACCUAAAGAACAGGCUGAUGGCUCUUCAAGGCCGAGGCCAAUCGAUUCAGCAGUGGAGCGACUCCUUAAAAUGGAACCUAAGGUGGAAUGUACAGAAGACUCCAUGAAACUUCAAGUCCAAGAUGCUACUUCCACUCCUGGGGGUCUAUUCUUUGUGGACAGGGGAAGUCGCCUGUCUCCUCUGCCUCUGUCAAAGUUGCCACCAAGCUGUGGUUACACCAUCAGGUCAACACGGAAAGAUUUGGUCUUAGUUGCACCCUAUGAUGGUUGCUUUGUUACUCAUGAGGAGGACAGUUACGUUCUCCCAUUGCAUUGGUGCGGCGUACCAGUGAGGAUGUCAUGCCCUUUGACGAGGCCAUCUUCACCUAAACCUCCAAUGGUUACCUGCCACGCUCAGGGCAUGGUUGUGAAAACAGAAUGGACAGUCUCUGUUGCUAAAAUUAAAGUAAAUUUGAAUGGUAACUGGGAGCCACUGAUGAAGGCCUCACCCAGAUGUGGGUUCAGUGUAGUUGCACAUCCUGAGGGUGUGGUCAUCUCUGUUCACUAUGCACUGUGCCUGGAGAAAAAGGAUGGAAUGUACACCCUUGCACUGGCUGGAGAUGGAGAAACUAAAAUUUCCUGUCCGUCACUGUCAGCAGUUCAACCAGAACCCACAAAAAGCCCAGCAAAGGGUCCAAAACAGCAAACUGAAAUGCCAAACACAGGAGUGCAUCCCACCACCCCGUCUCACAAUUCUGGUUCAGCUCGUUAUCAAACUCAAAGUCCUCAGUCUGCUCUUCCCCAGGUCCCAGGUUUUCCUCAGAACCCAGAGCUACCUAAUAAGAAACCAAAUCAGGGGCCAAAGGAUGUCAAUCAACCUCAGUUACCUUACUAUCCUUUCUACCCCAAUUUCUUCUACCAAUACCCAGACACUAAACCUACACCUACUGCACAGCCACUCCCUUCUCCUCUAACCAAGGAAAAUGGACUGCAGUCCAAACAAACUGUCAGUCAUCCAAAUCAGCCAAUGUCCCCUGAGGGACAAGUACCCCAACCAUUGAUUCCUUUACCAUUUUACCCCUGGCCAGCCCAACCUGAAAAUGUGCCUGUUCAAGAAGAACCUUCUGUACAGCCUCCAGCCACCCAACCACCUAAUGGCAAAGCGGUAAACCCUUUUUACCCUUAUCCACACUACGUUAAGCCCCCUAACCCCGAUGUCCCUCCUGCACACAGGCCUGAACUGGAACCUAUACCCACAGUGUCUUUCCCAGUUAUCCAAACUACUAAGAGCCAAAGACGACAACCUUACUACCCUUUUCCAUUUUAUCCUCAACCCCCAAGGCCUGAAACCUCCCCUACACACCCACCAGUAACUAAACCACUGCCAGGUAAAUUGGACGAACAUGUCCUUCCAAACCCAUUUAACCCCUCAUCUGGACAUCCUCAGAAACCUGUAGGACCACCUGCAAGCCAGCCUGAGGGUCAAGAACACACACCCUUUAUUCCAUUUCCCUUUUACCCUCAGCCACCAGCUUCUGAAGAUCCCCAAGUAGAACGACCUCUCCAUCCACUGUAUCCUGAAACCCCUGAAAAACCAUUACCUGAAAAGACUGUGCCCCCAGUUUCUCAGGAACCUCAGGGACAAAUAUACCAGCCAUUCUACCCAUAUCCAUUUUACCCUCCGUUUUGGCCUCCUGAUCCUUAUCAGGUGCACGUACCAUUCAAACAGCAAAUCCCUACACUGGCUCCAAAGGGCCAAGUACAACAACCUCUUAGCCCAUUGCCACCUGAGGUAUUUAAACCCAAAGUCCCUGGAAAUGUGUCACCCAGCAUACCACACCCAACUCCAGAGAGCAAAGAGCCAUCACAGCCUGAAGCCCCUCAGGGUCAGGUACACAAAUACCCCUUCCCUCAGCCAGAUGAAAAGCCAACCACUGUCCAACCACCACAGCCUGAAGCCCCUCAGGGUCAGGUACACAAAUACCCCUAUCCUCAGCCAGAUGAAAAGCCAACCACUGUCCAACCACCACAGCCUGAAGCUCCUUGGGGCCAAGUGAACCAGCUAUUAUACCCCUACCUAUUCUACCCCCAGCCAGAGGCUAAAAAUCAGCCAGCCGAGAAGCCAGCAAAUAAACCUUCUUACCCACAAUCAUCUGGUACUCCGGGUGCUGGGACUCCCACUGAAAAGCCAGUCCCAAGUGUACUUCCUCCAGGUGUAAAACCUCUAAGUGGCCAGAUGUAUUACCCUUUUAACCCUUACUACCCACUGCAACCCCAGCACCCUCAGCCUAUAACAUUGCCCCCUGCUAUCUCCAUGCAACAGCCACAACAGGUCACCAUUAUGCAACCUAGUAAUGGUGGUAUAGUCCCACAAGGCCCUCAGUCGAGCUCUCCUUAUAUGCCCCCUUUGUACUGCCCUCAAUUUUGCCCAUCUGGACUUUCUAAUUGCUGUCCACAAAUUGCUUUUCAUCAAUAUCUCCAUAUUGUUCCAGCUGACCGUGACCGUAAAGAUACUCCAGUCUAUCCAGUACUGCCAUCCCUCCCUUCAGUGGCAUAUUCUGGGUUUGGUAAUGGCCUGGCCACUGCUCCACUUCCUCAAAAGCCAACUGAAGCAAUGACAAUGAACACCUCCAAAACUUCCCCCUCUGUGCUCACUUCACUGCAGUCCCUUCCACCUGGAAAUGAAAAGCAACCAUAUCUCUUGCCACCAGAUGGCAACCCUGCUGUGCUAACUAAUAUUCCCAGGAAGCCUACAAAUCCUGACCUACCAAUUUACCCUUAUUUUGUACCUCAUUCACUAUAUCCUAAUUGGCCAUAUCCACCACAAAAUGAGAAACUGCAAAAUUUACUACAAAGCCAAUCAGCAACUCACUACAAUGUUCCCCCUAAACUUCAUACCCCAGGUAAUGACCAACUAAAUCCAAUGGUGCGAUAUGAGCCAUAUUACAUAAAGCCCCCAGAGCAGCAAAUGAGCCAACUAUCACCUGAGGACAUGAAUAAUCCCUCUGGUCCUAAUUUCAGGUCUUAUAUUGGAAAGGAGGAACAUAAAGCAAAGGAACUGCAGCCAUCUAACAAACCCACUGAAUCUAAGGGGCAGACACAUUCUAAAAUCCAAAGUGAACUUGAUCGUUUUCUGGUCCCUUACAUGCUUCAAGAUGCUGAAGCUCCUACUUAUAAUAGCUCCUCACAACCACAGCCAUUUGUGAGUGUCUCAAUGAAAUCCACCAAACAUAAACAGACUGUCCACCCCUAUUCUGAACCAAACAGUUAUGUGCUGCUACAGCAUGGCCCACCAGGUAGAGAGCCCAACAGUUUCAGUGAAUCCCCUUUGCCUUUUAGAGAUCUGGUUCGUGACACAAACUUCCUGGCACAAAAUCUUGUAAGGCAACACAGUAGUAAACCCCAACAUCCUCAGAAUUUAAAACCUCAGCACACCAAAGGGCUGGGGAAAAUGUUCAGCCUCUUACCUGGUAGUGAUAACUACAUGCCGAAGUCGGAGGAUGCAUCAGAAAGUUUGCCAUUGUUUGCAUCUACCUCGGAUGGUCCUCAUUUUGGACCUUUCCCACAGAACCCUUCUUUCAGUGCAGCACAUUUAAGGCCUGAAUUCCCCGAGUCAUUGAAGGACAUGUGGAAACCCAGUAGACCUCUAGGCUCUGACCAAACAAUUCCAGCCCAUGGUCCUGGAAAGACAUUUCAAAGAUGGAGCAAUGUAGCUGACCACCAAGCAAAUGGGCUGAACCAAGCCAUCCAGAGUGAAGGUGGAAAUCAGAAGCAGAAAUGAGCUGACUUGAAAGUGAAUAAACAGUUGAAACGGUA